UGGGGAUUAAAAAAUAAUAUAACAUAAAGGGGAUCUGGAAGGUACAAGUCGUCAGGUUUUGGGCAUGGAGGAGAGGUAUAGGAUUCAAGUUUUUCAGAGGGAGCUCCCUCUCUGCUUGGAGCUUGUCACCCAACUGUCCAAGCCCAAGAGUUUUUCGGUAGCUAUUGAGAGGUGCAAGCAGCAGAUUUCAGAUGCAACUGCAGAUUACAUGCAUGGAAAAUCUGAGUGUUCUGAGCAGACUUCAAGUGAGGGGCAUGUUUUUGAGAAAUUCAUUCCAUUAACAAGGAUUUCAUACAACUCCAGAUGCACCACUCAAAGAGGUAAUGGCAGGAGGAUCAAGUUAAAGGCUAUAGUGGUGGAGAUGAAGAGAAAUGGGGUGCUUUUCAACCUUUCAAAAGGGGAAAAAAGCAUUGGAAAGACAAAUGGACCAGUGGCUAAAGAACCUUCUUCGGCUUCGGUUACUAGUUCCACCACGGACACCGUGAGUGGAGGAAGUGGUGGGAACAACAAGAAAGAAAAGAAAGAUGGACAGGGAAACAAAGGCAAAACUGGUCACCGGAGUUGCACCGCCGAUUCUUGCAUGCUCUUCUCUUCAACAACUUGGUGGUUCACAUGGGCACAUUUUGGGCUUUCGCACUGGGCACCAAAAAACUCAGGACCGGCCUUGACAGCAGGUCAAGCAUCUUUCGUUGCUUCGAAUCCCAUAUCAGAAGGCCCUCACCAAGGAGCCCAGAAUUCAACCAAAACAGGGGAUUCCGAAUUAAAGACAAUUGAUUGCCAUGCUACAUCAUUAGAAGCAAGCACUUCAACGGCAGUGUCCUGAGCCUCGCAAACGACACUCCACCAUAGCGGCUUGUUCAUCCAGAAUGUGGGACUAUAACUCAAUGAUCCGACGGAGCAAGUUCAAAGAGUUGAUUAGCAAGGCAACCGAGAGCCCGUGGACUAGGACGACAACGACGAUGAAGUCAAAGACUACAACCGUGGCCGCAGAGGAUUGCCUGAUUGAAUAUCUUAACCGAUGGGCUAUUUGCACAUAGGGUUGGUGCCCAAUGAAGCUAUUAUCUUGCUUGACAGGCAUGUCUGACUUUUCUGCUGCUCUUUCACAUCAUCGCCGGAUGACUCUGUGGGCCUUAUCAACCUUCUCUAAUGCUUACAAUCAAAUCUUAUCCUACUUUAGCAACCACCAUCAACAGCCGCGCCAAGAGUUUUUGUUGUGGUUAAUUCUUGAAGACCUGUUAGCCGUCAGAUUUUAUAUGUGUUCACUUGAGUUCGUGGUUAAGAAGUAUAAAGUUAGAGCUUCAUUUGAACUUGGGUUCCCAAAUCGAACUGAAAAUUUGAAUAUGGAUGAGCAUUGAAAAGUCAUAGCAAACAAAGCUGCCCUUUAUGAUCAGUACAUGGCUUGAAGGCUUCCACUCAUUGUGCCUUUAUUGUCAUGGUGGACUUUCGAAUAUUCCCAUUUGCUACAAGAGAAAAUAUGGCUUAGUGGUGAGGCUUUUUUCAUGUGUUCUUCAUGCUUAAUGUUUCUUAUGCCUGUUAUCAUCAAUCUUCUGGAAGAGCAUAUUGGAGUUGUAAGUUGUACAAACUUUGCUCAAAUUUGUAAUACUUGGGGGGCUUAUGUUUGCACCUAAAAUAUGCACAAUUUUACUUAUUUGGGCCUAAAGUCAAAAUAUGGCAUUUGGAG